CAUUCAUAGCAAAGUUGCUUCUCUCAUUUGAAAAGUGACAGAAGGGAUUUCCAGCUAUGAUCUGCUACGUUCUGCUGCUUGCCCUAGUGGCCCCAGGGUUGGGCCACCCCCCAGGGAGACCAGGUGAGCAUGGAGAUGGUUCUGCAGUCUUCAGGCCUCCUCCUCCACCUAAAGGCACUGGCCUUCCUCCAUCACCACCACCUAAAGGCACCGGCCUUCCUCCACCUGUCAGCCAUGACCUGAACAAGCCAUCAGGACACCCUGAGGAGUUAAGGUCUGCAGCACCCUUACCUCCAAAAAAUCCACCCAAAGAACCUGAGCAUGGCAGGCAUAGGAGAGAUCUUCACCAUGGGAAAGCUAUCCCCACUGGAGUCCCUCAUCAUACAGGAGUCCACAGUGGAAGCGGUGAAAUAAGCCACCCUCCCAGACAUGAACAUUCCGCCUUUACCCACAGUGCCAAGCCAAGUGAAGAAAAAAGACCAGGACAUGGUCAGGAGCAUGGAAAAAAGCCAAAACACUAAGACAAGGAAAUAAAGAGGAUACCAAGCACAUUGGAUGAAAAUAUUAUAUAGAGUUAUGCAAGAACCAAUAAAAUGCAUGCCAAAUA